AGGCAAGAAACCAACUCUCACCAGAGGAUUCAAUUGCUGGCGACCCUAUUCUUCAUACUUGUUACGCCCAUCUUCAUGGCCUUUGCCACCAGGACAUCUUCAGGUCAAACGACCGGACACUCCGCAGUCACAAGCCACAGCCACAGCCCGCCAUGCCUGCUCCCGCGACUUCCCUGCCUGGUGCGCCGAGCACGGCCCGCCGCAAGUCGUGCCUCGCCUGUACUCGCGCCAAACGCCGCUGCGAUCUCGGCCUCCCGCUGUGCUCACGCUGUGACGAGAGGGGCGUCGCCUGCGUCUAUGCUCCCGCUGUCGCGUCGCGCAGGCGUCGGCUGAACAAGGAAUCGAGCAUCGCCCAUCAACACCAUGUCCUGCCGCUAGACAACCGAAGCAACGACAUUGAUGUCGACGUCCACAUUGACACUGACAUCAAUGUAAGCAUCGACAUCGAUAUCGAUAAUGCCGACUUUGACGCCGCCAUGCUCGACCCGUGCCUCACGGGUCCUGGCCAACCUCGUCUCGGAUUCGAUAUGAUGAACUCAGUCUUCACCACAAACCUCUACAAUGCCACAACCACAUCAUCACCACUCGAAUCCUACUCCUCCUCCUUCUCGCCACCGUCGUUCUCCUUUUGGCCCCAGCUCACAAAAAACAACACUGAAAUCGCCAUAGUCCCCAGCACCAAGCCCCUGAUCGUGCUCCCCGACGACGCCGACGCCCUCCGCGCCGUCCUCGACCCGCGCCUGCACUACGCCAUUGCCCAGUUCUGCGGCGCCCCUGAGCAGUUGGCACUCUCCUGCCAGACCCCCUGGUCGCACCCUUUACUAUACCGUGACCGGCUGCCUAGGUCCAUCGCCAUUGCGCAGGCCUGCUGUGCCCUGCACGCCGCGCGGGGGCCGGGCAACGCAGCCAUGGUGUCGCGCAGCAUUGCCCACCACGCCCGGGAGCUGUGCUUGCUCCAGAACGAUUUAUCGUCGUCCGGGGCUAGAGGCGAGGACAGGGGAACGGGAGACCCGAUGCUGGACCUCCUCGCGCACACGCAGGCGCUCCUGCUCUACCACAUCAUGCUGCACUCUGACCUAGACCCCGUGGCCAGAAACACCCUGCCGCUGACGGCGCGGGCGCUGCAGAGGGCCAUGAUCCGCCUCCACGACCGCACGAGCGGCUUGUCCUCGCCGUAUCCCGUGGGCAGCGGCCCUUUGCGGACGUCCUCGUUCCGCGCGCCUGGUACUCCUGCCUCGUCAUCGUCCUCAUCUUCCAACUCCUCCUGCAACCCCUCCUCGCCGGCGAGCUACAAGCUAUCGAUGUUAGUCGUCCCGCCGAGCAACGGCAUGAGCCUGCCGGUGCCACUGCGACUUUUCGUAGCAGGAGGGGCAAGCGACAGCAGCCGCAAUAGCACCACGAGGCCCAUGCCGUCCUUCCUCGCCCUAUCCCCGCUAACCACCACACGCCAGGUCUGGCACGACUGGAUCAUCCACGAGUCGGCGCGGCGCUCGGUGCUCAUGGCGGGCAUGUUCCUAAUGCUACAGAUACUGCGCGCAGGCCAGUUCCCCUUCCCCUCCUCGUCCUCCUCUCAGGUUCCUCCCGCCGCCGCCGCAAGUAUCUUUGGUUUUGAGACUGCUCCUGCUGUUGGGGAAGACGAUGACCCGGACCCGUGCUGCGCGUCGAGGGACCUUUGUUUGAGCCCCUGGACGCUCUCAAGGGACUGCUGGGAGGCCGCUGACGCGGUGGACUUUGCGGUGGGGUGGAACAAGAAGGCGUUUACGGUGCUGAGUUGUGCCGAUCUCGAGCUCCGCGUCCACGAAAUCAACCCGCUCCACGUGGACACCUGCUCCAAGAUGAUUCUCACGCUGCUCCUGGGCAUCGACGAGACGAAAGGGUGGCUGCUCUCCCAAGGCGGCGUGAAGCUAUAGGAAGAGGGGUAGGGGGUUCUCUCGGACAGAUCCUUCCUGUCUUUCGAGCGAGGUAUGCUCGGAGCUGAUUAGCAUCCCAUCAUUCAGCUACCGUUUGUUCUUGGCCCUC